UGCAAUGUUAAGAGAUAUCAGACCAUACAAGACAUCUUGGCGUGUCCAGGUUAAGGUGCUCCAUUCUUGGCGCCAGUAUACCAACAACACAGGUGAAACCCUUGAGUUGGUCCUCGCUGAUUCACAGGGUGUCAAGAUUCAUGCUUCUGUGAAGAAGGAUUUGGUUGCUAAAUAUGUUAACAGCCUACAAGUGAAUGAGUGGAAGUUCAUUGAACAUUUUACACUUACUCAUGCAGCAGGGCAAUUCAGACCAACCGGUCAUCUAUACAAGAUGUCCUUUGUGAAUGGCACUACUGUGACACGGUCUGACAUUGUCUCUGAUUCAAGCUACUUAACUCUGGCAAGGUUUAGCAGAAUACAGAAUGGCGAUUUAAAUCCUUACAUGUUGAUUGAUGUCAUGGGUCAAGUGGUGAAUAUUGGUGAGCUAGAGGUCCUUGAAGCUAAUAACAAGCCAACCACUAAGCUUGACUUUGAGUUGCGUGAUGAACAUGAUGAUAGGAUGUCAUGCACACUCUGGGGGGCUUUUGCUGAAAAAAUGUUUCAAGCAUGCCAAGCAGCUGAUGGAAUCAUGGUGAUCUGUGUUAUCAGAUUUGCAAAGAUUAAGGCAUACAAAGGUGUUAGGAGUCUCUCUAAUUCCUUUGAUGCCUCACAAGUUCACAUCAAUCCACCUUUCCCUGAGAUUGAAGCUUUCACCAGAGCGUAUAAGUUUAUUUUUUAAACUACUCUAAACUUAUAGUUUUAUUAUAACUGACUGAAAAUUACAUUCUUUGUUUUUUCUAUUAACAGUCUCCCCUCUGAUGGUCUAGCCUUA